UAUCCAGUUCAUACAACUGGUAAAUGCCUUUGCUGCUUUCAUAUUUUUUCUUAUAAAAGCAAAUCCUGAAGUGAGACUGGCCUAGGACUUUGUGAGAGAUAACAACUACAAGAACGGGAGAAUAGAUACCUAUUCUUAGCAGAAGCAAAAGCAGUUGCCCACUUUAGCAAUAAAUAGCUUAAUAUUCUCUUUUCAAAAAUGUCAGAAAGUCCUAGAAAAUGAAAGAAAAAACCAAUCUACAUCUCUGUUAGAGACUUUUUUCAUAAAGAGGCCAAGCCUUUUAUUCUAAACCAAGUAACAUUUAAAGAAGGAAAUACAUCAGGCAAAGUUAUAAUGUCCUCGAUAUUACAGCCCUAAACUUAAAUCUCCUGCUUUCAGAUCCCAACCCUCCCUGGGUGCAUCCUUCUGCAGGAACAAUGGUCUGGAUGGGAAACCAGACUCUCAUUCCCCAUUUCAUCCUCCUUGGCCUCUUCACCCACUCCCCACUGCACCUCUUCUUCUUCUCCAUCAUCAUGGUCAUGUUUCUGGUGGCCCUGUCUGGCAAUGGGCUCAUGAUCCUCCUCAUCAGCGUCGACUCCCACCUCCACAGCCCCAUGUACUUCUUCCUCAGCUGGUUGUCGCUCAUGGAUCUCAUGCUCAUCUCCACCAUUGUGCCACGGAUGGCUGUGGAUUUCCUCCUGGGUGGUGGCGCCAUCUCCUUCACAGGCUGUGGGCUCCAGAUCCUCUUCUUCCUCACCCUCCUGGGGGAUGAGUGCUUCCUGCUGGCCUUCAUGGCCUACGACCGCUACGUGGCCAUCAGCAACCCACUGAGGUACUCGGUGGUCAUGAGCCGUCGUAUCUGCUGGAUCAUGGUGGCAGGGUCCUGGCUUUUUGGAUUGGUGGACGGGCUGAUCCAGGCUGUCUUCACCCUCCGCUUCCCCUACUGCAGUUCCCAGGAGAUUGACCACUUUUUCUGCGAGGUUCCUGCUGUGCUCAAGCUGGCCUGUGCUGAUACCUCCCUUUAUGAGACCAUGAUCUACGUCUGCUGCAUCCUCAUGCUGCUCCUACCCUUCUCUGUCAUCUCUGCCUCCUACCUGCGGAUCCUGGUGGCUGUGCUCUGCAUGCGCUCUGCCGAAGGCCGGAAGAAGGCCUUUGCUACCUGCUCCUCCCACAUGGCAGUGGUCUCCCUCUUCUACAGGGCUGCCAUGAUCACCUACAUGCGACCCCAGGCUUACCACUCCUCGAAGCAGGACAAAGUGGUCUCUGCCUUCUAUACCAUGAUCACCCCCAUGCUCAACCCUCUCAUAUACAGUCUGAGGAACAAGGAAGUAACUGGGGCUCUGAGGAAACUCCUGGGAAGGUGUCCCUGUGGGGAGGGACAGGGCUAG